UUUUGUUAAAAGGGUUAUUUAAUAUUUAAUUUCUUUCAAGUGAAUAUCAAACUGCCUCAAGAUGGAAGAUCAAAUGACAUCAUUGAAUGAAAAUAUGAAAGUUACAAUUGUGAACCGAAAAAAAUCUUAUGAGAUUUCUAAACAAAAGUUAUCAUCGAUUCCUUACUUUGUGAAAUUAUUCUCCAAUUCUAAUUGUGCCGUGAUAGAACUUGAUCUUGAUGAAAGUUCAUUCGAUAAUAUUAUCGAGUUUAUUCUGGAUGGUCAUCUAUCGAUUUCUAUUGAAAGUGCCUUUUUAAUGAUGGAAAUUACUGAUUACCUUGGAAUGGACGAAAUUAAACAGAAAUAUUAUGAUUUCUACAAAUCGAAUUUUAACAUAAAACUUUUGAAUGAGUUCUUGGAUUUUUAUGAGAAACGUAAAUCCCCUGAAAUGUUUGCUGACGAAAAGCUCAAUUCCUUUAUUGCGAAAUUUUUCCUUCCAAUUACUCGCACACGAGCAUUUCUGAAAUUUCCUGUCGCUUUAUUGGAACGAAUUUUGAAGUUGAAUUUGGUUGUUUCUUCCGAGCAUCAAAUAUACGAAGCCAUUAAGCGAUGGAUCUUUUUUAAUAAAAAGGCCCGGAAACAAUAUCUACCUCAACUCAUGAAAUUCAUCAAUUUUAGUCGUUUGAACGAUGAAGAGAUUAAAAUUGUCGCCUCGACGCUUAAAGCUUCUGGAUUCACUCCCGAUACUCCACCAUCGAAGAAGCAACCUCCCCGUGCCUGUCUACCAGAAUUCUGCCAAUUUGAUUGUAUGAUUAAUCGACAAUAUAACAAGUCAUUGGUCGCAAUUUAUGAACUGGGCAAAGAUAAAAUUAAUAUUCGGCGUUUAUCAAAAUCAAACCUCUGGACUAAAUAUGGUCAAUUCACUCGAGAUGAAACAAUGUCCACUUCUCUGAUCGAAGCUAAUCACAUUGUCGAUAUUAUCUAUGCUUGUGGUCAUAAAGGUAUUCGAGUUGAUUUGAUCGGAAAGAAAUUCAAAUAUCUUGAAAUGUUUGGUGAUGACGAUUCUUAUUAUGGUCAAGUUUACAAAUAUUUCGCUCAUGAUAUUAAAACUGAUAAUACUUAUAUAAAAAUCAGAGACUCGCAAAGUGGAUCUAUUAAUAAUAUUUGUGCUAAUGUUAACAUGAAACGUUUGGAAGCCAUUUUUCUUGGUGAGCACUUGGAAGCAAUUUGUGAUGGAACAAUUAAAUUUGUUGAAUCUGCUAGAACUAAUUGUCGAUGCUCUAAGCAAGUUGAUUGGUCCGAUUGGGACAGCAAAUCUUGUGGUCAUAAUGAAUCUUGCCGUAAUAAUGAAUCUGAUAUGCUAGUGAAUAAGCCUUAUUAUUGCCCGUCUCUUGAUUAUCGAAAAUCGUCUUCUUGUGAAUCCCAAGGACCAGUUCAAACUCGGUCCUGUUUGUUAUCGAAACCAGAUAAGUAUUCAGGUUCGCAAAAGAUCUUGUGCUUUUUGACUAAACGUGAUUUCCGUCGGCAGCAUGUGGAUGGACAUAGAGUUGGCAUGGAUGCAUCAAUAGUACUUGACUUCUCGUUCCUAAAAGAUUUCAUCGAGAGCGAUUCUCUUGAUCAUAUUGAGCUGAUUUCUCAUGAAAAUUCACUUCUUAUUUGUAACAAGGAAACGAAAAUGAUCUAUUCUUAUAUCGAUGAUACAGACUAUUGGCAAUUAAUGUCUAAAAUUGAAUCUCCUGAAAAGAUGAUCGCAAUUGCAUCCAUUUGUUUACCAAUUGAUUUUGACCAAUAACUAAUUACCAAUCAAUUUAAAAUAUUGAUGUUUAAUCAAUUGAAACAAAAUUAAGUUUGGUCUACUUUUUUUAAUGUACGUGAUAAUUUUCACUUUCAUAUUUCAUUAUUGCUUAAAUUCAAUUCAAUAAAACCAUCUAACUCAUUAACACGUACAAAUCAUAAAUGAAUUACUUGUAAAACAGAAAUGAUUAGUUCUGAUCAAUAAAUAAUUAGAAAUUUCCCCGA